AUGGCGGCCGCGUUUCAGUCCAACCCGCUGUCGCUGUCGUAUCGCGCAGAGGACGUCGCGGAGUACGUCAAGGAGGAGCGCGCGGAGGCGGAGCGCGCGCGACGCGCGAGCGAGCGCGAGGCGUCCUCUCGAGGAGGGAAGAAUAAUAACGGUCGCGGCGGGGGCGUUACCCCGCCGCCCGAGUCGUACAAGCUCCCGUACCUCACCGUGGGGGAUCUGAAAAAGCCGCCGGUGGAGUGGCGCGAGUUUUUGUGCACCGAUCACCUCGCGCGAUCGUACGCCUUUCCGCGGUCGCUGCGCGAGCUGAGACGCCGCGUCGACGGGAACGUGUACGCGCACGUGGGCAACUACGUCCUCGCGGUGUUCGCGACGUUCUGCGUCGUGUUAUACCAACGCCCGAAGGCGCUCUUCGGCGCGCUCUUCGCGACGAAAGUGUGGGACUGGGUCGGCGCCUCCGCCGGCGUCGACCACGUGUCGUCGCGCGCCGCGGCGAUGCAUCAGUUCAAGGCGGGCGUGGCGACGAUCCUGUCGUGGGCGGUGAUGACGUACACCAGGGCCGCGGGGGCGAUUAGUAACGCCAUCGUGUUGAGCGUUCUCGUGGUCGUGUGUCACGCGGCGAUGAGGCGGUUGGACCCGCCGCCGCCGGACUGGAGGCGGUCGCCGAGGCGGCCGAGAGGGAGUCUGGGGACGUGGCGGGGACGCGGCGGGAAAGAGUGA